AUGCCUCCAUCACAGCUUGUUCGGUCUGAGACAGAGAAUAUACAUGUAUACGACUGCGUGGUGGGGAAGUACCUGGUAGGAGAUCAACAGCACAGUCAUAUGGACAGGUUCAGUCAAGAGCAGAAUCUGUUACCACCAGGACCAAUCAAUCAGGCAGUAGGAGAAAAUGUGCUUUUUGUCACCCUCCCUUCACCUCAGCCAUUAAGCGCUAUCAGAUGGCACUUCAAAAGCAGUGAAGUGGUCACAUAUAUCCAUCCAGGACCUGUGACAGUGAACCUCAGUUAUGUUGGUAGAGUCAUUCUGAACUAUAGUACAGGAGCCUUGGAGCUAAAAAACCUGACUAUGGCUGACACUGGAGAGUACCAGUUAACCUUAACAUAUGCAAAUGGUAUAGGACAUAAAGACCAUACUUUACUGCAGGUGUUUGAGCCAGUGUUUGGUCUAGGUAUCACCAGUCCUGAGGGAAAUGUCAUUGAAUUUGGCAGUGCCAACUUCACCUGUAAGGGAAAUGGCACCAUCACUAAUACCAUAUGGAUGAAAGGAAAUGAGAUUCUAGCUCCUAGCAGCAGCAUCACAUUCUUGGAUGACAGCAGAACAAUGAUGAUCAGUCCGGUGAAGAGGUCAGACAGUGGUAAUUACCACUGUGAAAUAAAUAACCCCGUUAGCUCUAGCAAGGCCAGUUUCAGCAUUACUGUGAACUAUGGGCCAGAUGUGAGGAUUUUGGGUGCAUCGACUUUAGAGGUAGACUCAGAUAUCCUCCUCUACUGCUCCACUGAUUCUGUGCCCCCUGCCAUUGUUACAUGGACAAUGAAAGGGAUGUCUAUUGGAAACACACCUCUGUAUUUCAUAGUGAACAGUAACCCAAGCAAUAGUGGGGAUUAUAACUGUACUGGCUGGAACAAUGUCACUGGGCUCACAGUCUCUGCUGUUCAUGUUCUGACAGUGAAAGUCAUGUAA